AUGAAGAAGUUGCUCCAAAAAUUAGACUGUAUUGCAGGGUUUAAAAAAAAUAGAGGAGAAGGAAAAGGAGAAGGAGAUGGAGGGGAUAAGACUUCUUUGAAGAAGACAGUGAAAAGACUGAGGAAAUAUGAGGCUGCUUCUGGACAGAGAGUAAAUAUGGACAAGAGUAGUUUCUAUAUUCAUCAUAAGGUAGAUCUGCACAGAGAGAGAAGAAUUCGGAAGAUCACUAAUAUGAGAAAAGGAUCAUUUCCUUUCAUUUACCUUGGUUGUCCUGUUUUCUAUGGGAGAAGGAAGAGUAUAUACUAUGCUGAUUUAGUGAAGAAGGAAGCAGAAAUAAACAUUGGGUGGCAUGGGAUAAUGUGUUUGCCAAAGGAAGAAGGGGGCAUUGAUUUUAGAUCUCUACAUGACAUCUCAAAUGCUUUAUUUGCUAAGUUAUGGUGGAGUUUUAGAACUUCAAAUAGCCUAUGGAGUGUAUAUAUGUGGAACAAAUAUUGUAAGAAGCUACAUCUAGUAAUAGCACAAGCCAGGGGAGGAUCAAAUGCAUGGAAGAAGAUGGUAUUGGUAAGAGAGCAAGUUGAGCACAAUAUCUGGUGGCAAAUGAAGAAUGGAAGUUCAAGUUUCUGGUUUGAGAAUUGGACAAAACUUGGUGCACUUUACUAUGUGAUUACAGAAUCCAACUUUGAUGCAGAGGUGGAAGUCAAGGAGUAUGUUGCAGGAGAUAGGUGGAAUUUAGAGAGAUUAUAUGAAGUUUUACCAGAAGAAGUUGUUAAUCAUAUCCAACAACAUAUCAAGGUGCCUUUAGAAUUAGAGGGGGAUGACAAAGCGUGGUGGCAACUAACCAAGAAUGGAUUGUUUACAGUCAAAUCUGCUUGGGACUAUAUGAGGCAGAGAGAGGAAAAAAGAGAAGUUUUUAAUUUCAUUUGGGAAAAAGGAGUUCCAAUAAAGAUUAGUUUUAACAUGGAGGGAAGACAUCUACAUCAGGCUAUUUUAACUUGGUGGAUAGCAGAUGUUAGCACUAAGUUACAGGCUAUAUUUAGAGCAGUUCCAGCUACUGUCAUGUGGGAGUUAUGGAAAAUGAGAAAUGCAGUCAACAUGGGAAUAACAUCACAUAUAGCAGGCUAG